CUGAAUUCUUGUUUAAUUUUAGUGUGUUAAUUGAUGGAAUAAUGAGCAUUGAUUAUAUGUGUUUUGGCUUCGUCAUUGCAAUUACAGGCUCUGUUUUAUUCAUGAGCCAGUCCUAAAGAAUGCACUAGAGAUCUAAGACAGCUUAAACCUCUCAGAAAAAGGCUCUGAAUUGUUUGAGUAAUGACACUCUUAGAUGGAAAAUUAAAGGUUCUCUUUUCCCAUGCUUUUUAAGAUAAUUAAAAUCCAGGAACGGUAAGGUGGUGAACAUCCUUAUUCAUUAGCCUUCAGUAAUUUAGCUUCUACUAAAUGAGGAAAACAUUUUAAUUCUCUGGGCCAUCUGUUGCAGUCUCCUUUGUGUGUCCCGUUACAUAAAGUCUCAUCAUGGACAGUUUUAACAUCAGUAUUGUAUCCUUUCACGAGGAAAGAUGAGCUGAAUGAGGUAGCUGAAGUCACCACCUAUUAAGAGACCACCCUGGAAUUAAACUGCCUGCUUUGUCUUUAAACUUGAAGUUAUCCUGUCUAGACACCUCUAGGCAAAGGAUCCGCAGAGAGGAGCCCGUGCGUGGAGCUAGGCAGUGUGACAAGCUGUGUUUUCUAAUAGCAAUAUCCAUGCCAAUAAAUAACAAAGUUCACUGGAGCCCUUCCAGUUCCUCUAAUGCGCGCCUGCUCUGCCAUAUGGCUCCGAGCUGCUUGGGGAAGCAGCACUCCCUGCUCGGGUGGGAAGCACAGCCCAGGCUCCCUGCUGGGGCUGCCUUGGAGCUGGUUUGGAGGCAGAGCAGGGCUCUUUGCACCGUGAUGGGGAAAUAGAAUAAAUAUUAGAGUAGGAGUGUGCUCACCUAGGAUAAAUGCUGGAUCAGGAGCUAGGAAAUGCUUGGAUUCCAGCUCUGGCUGCAGGAAUAACUCACUUUAUAGCUUGGGGCAAGUUACAUUAUCCCACAGCAGGAAUGUUUCUCAUUAAAAUGAUAAUUUGUAUAGAUGAGUGGGUGCAGUGUCAAAGUUAUUCCCGAUGCAAAGUUACAUCCCCACAGGUCUGAGAGGGUCCAGGUUCCAUUAUGAGUUGGGUUUGUUUCUGUCAAAUUCUCCUGUGAAAUUCAAGCCCCACUGCUUGCCAGCCCAGCAGUGCCUUCCUGCUGCAGACCGGGGUAUUUCACUGGCUCCAGGAUUCCCAGGUAGUGUUUGCAUUAUUGAUAGGCAUGGCUACAAGCAGGCUGCUUCCACGGGGCAGAGCUUCCAUCCACCUGCUUGCUAUUACCCCGUUGCCUGGAGAUCACAAACAGCCUGGCCUGGAGAUGUGUGGCUGCAGAACAAGUGUUCCCAGUAUGAAGCAGUACUCAGUCAGUCAGCCUGCUCCUGCUGCCACCAAAAAAGGCCCUCCAGCUGCUGCAGGCAUGCCCAAGGGUGUACCCGUUGCCAAGCAGCUGGCAUCAAUAAAAGCUCUAAGAAAAGGCUCAGACCUUGAAAAGGCUUUUGCUACAGCAGCUUUGGUGUAUAACAACCAUGCUGACCCUGAGAGCAAGCUCAGCAAGUCUGAAACCAAGAGCUUACUGCAAUCCCAGUUCUGGCACUUCAUCCAGGGCCAAGAAAACAAACCAAAAUACCAGGAAAUAAUUUCUUCCUUGGAUGAGGACUCAGAGAACAAAAUUAAUUUUGAAGACUUCAUGAUCUUGUUAGUCAGUCUCACUCUGAUGUCUGACCUGCUGCAGGAGAUCAAAAAUGUGAAAACCACAAAAUGAUUUGUGAUUUUAAAGAAGAAAUGGCCUGGCAGCAUGUGAGGAAAGCAUGAGUGAGGUACACACAGAGUGCCUGGGUUCCCUGUGCUGGUCCCUUUUAAAUGGAAUAAAGUUGUGUCCAAACCUG